AUGACGUUGGCAGAGUUACUUGGACGGUCGAGAAUAGCUCAAGUAGCGAACAAUCAUAAACCGUUGACAUACACCGGUAAAAAAUUUCACCCAACACAUCAAAUCAUCGAAACAAAGCCUUCGACGCUAUACAGACAAGAAUGGGGGUUGAAAUCUGCUAUUCCCUCAAAAAUUAAAUCUCGAUAUUUGGUGUACAACGAUUUGGACACAUUAGAAAGAAUCACAACAUUCGAACCUAGAGGCGGUACACAAUGGAAUAGGCUAAGAUUUCAGGAAAUGGGAGUACCAAUUGUAUCUAAUAUAGGCAGACAAAAUCCAUUUUUCAAGGACAUAUCACGUCCUGAGGAUGAAUCCGAUGCUAGAUUGUCCUUAUUCAAAGAAAUGAAAGGGGAUGCAGAUAUUUCGCCUGCUGCGAUGGAAAAGCGUUUGAAGAAGAUAACAGCACUAAUCAGGUCGUUUCAAAAUGAAUUCAAAGAAUGGUUGGUGGAAAAUCAUCCGGAUGAAUUGAAACUAAAUUCCAAUAAGCUGGAAGACUAUGUCGUGAAAUUUCUGAACAAAAAGUUGGAGACAAAAGCGAAUAAUAAAUUUAACACUGAGAUCAUAGGUACAGGUGGGUUAUCAUACGGCUUAUCGGGAAAGCUGAAAAAUUCACCAAACGGUGUCAUUCAGAGGACUGUAGUCCCCGGUAGAGUCUUGAACGUUGUUAAGGAGAACAACGACAAUAAAUGGCUGGCAGCUAUUGGUGGGUUUGUUGCCGAUGUGGUAUUUUUCCAAUCUCCACCCAAUUCCUUUAAUUCUAUGGGAGAUUUCAUCAGAAUGAAAACGUUCUUGUUUGAGAUCUUGGAGGCAUCCAUGGAGAAAAACGGUUCUGUUUCAAUGCACGCUAGAUUACUGGAGCCACAAAAUGACAAGACCAGAGAAUUUUUCAAUAAGAGACCAAUCUAUAAACCGCUGACUGCUAGAAGGGCCCGCCGACCAUCAGUGGGAAACAUCCAAGAGGCUAACAACCUUUUGAAUAUAAUUAAGGGAAAUUGA